AUGAUGCCUAGAGGAAAAAAUGGUUAUUCCUGGGAAUUAAACUCAGGAACUCAAGACAGCGAGCCUUUACUAGAAAGGGAUACUGAAGAUCCAGAUGAUGUGUUAUUUACAUCCCGCCCUGGCACAUCAACAUUUGUAGCUGAUAUGCUUAGUUCACAUUCUCAUAAGAUGAAUAAUCAACACAAUCAACUUGACCUUAUAUCUAAUUCAGUCAAAACAUUGAAAAAUGUUUCAGAAGAUAUAAGUGUUGAAUUAGAUCACCAAAAUGUAAUGCUUGAAAAUUUAAGCUCUGAAUUAGACAAAACAGAAUCAAGAUUAGACAUGGUAUCAAAAAAGGUGGCACAAGUUCUACAAUUGUCUGAUGAUAGAAGACAAUGGAUGGCCAUUGGGAUUUUAGUUGGUAUUAUUUUAAUAACCAUCAUUCUUUUAAUAAUUUUGUAA